AGGAGCCUCCACCACACUCUGGGGCAGAGAGUUCCACUGCUGAACGGCUCUCAAAAUCAGGAAGUUCUUCCUAAUGUUCAGAUGGAAUCUCCUUUCUUGUAGUUUGAAGCCAUUGUUCCGCGUCCUAGUCUCCAGGGCAGCAGAAAACAAGCUUGCUCCUUCCUCCCUAUGACUUCUUCUCACAUACUUAUAUACAUGGCUAUCAUGUCUCCUCUCAGUCUUCUAUUCUUCAACAGAUCUGUGUAGGACAUCAGGAAACUGUUGACCAACUAAACUUGACAAUUUCUCCCAGUUUUCUCUUAAAGUAUACCUGAGGCCCAUAUUUAUUCUAUCUAGAUAUCUAGUAUUUUCUGUCUACCUGGAAAGGUGAGACAAGGUAGUCAGAACCUAGGAGGAACCUGCUUCCUAAAUCUACUUGAGUUGCUUCUAAAUGAGAUGUAGGAUACAAUACCCUUCAAGAGAGGAAACUGGGGAACAGGUUUGCCAUAGGAUUACUGUAAGUUAGACAAAACAUGGAGGUGCAUUUAAAUCAAAAACAAAAGGAUGAAUUAUCACUUACUUUCUGAUACAAUUUUCUCCAAUACAGAUGGGGAAAAUGGUUCUAGACAUUUGUUGUUUAUCAGCUUUGAAUCAGCCAAAUGCAAGUAUAUAAAAAGCAUGAAAUAUUGUGCAAAGAAUAUCCUUAGACAGGGCUUGCAGUUCUCCUUUUCAGCCUCAGAGUGCCACUGUUGGCCAGUAAAGAACUGCCAUUCCAGGGAUGUUUCCUGCAGUGAAAUUGCUUAUUCACUGAGAAAUAGCAGAACGCAGGGACAUGCAAACAUUUAUUUCUGAGAAAAGAAAAUACUGUAAUGUAAAGAACCAAAAACUGGUUACUUCAUACUCACUUCAUCAAUAUUUCUGGAUCCCAAUCAAGAUUUGAAAUUCUUCAGUUUAUCUCAUCAUAUCAAACUAAUAUAAAGCAGAUUCUCUCAUUGAAUGGAAUGGAGACCAGGAACAAACACAGCAGCAGAUCUCUACAAAGGCAAGUACUUCUUUUAUUCUUCUUUUUGUUUUACAAGACUAACUCAGAAGACAUUAAGUAUUCAAUUCCUGAAGAACUGGAAAAGGGCUCCAUUGUGGGAAAUCUUGCCAAAGAUCUGAGACUAAAUACUGAAGGAAUAGCAAGCAGCAAUCUGCAUAUUCUUUCUGUAAAUGAAAAACAAUAUUUCAUUAUCAGUGCAAAAAAUGGGAAUCUUUAUGUAAAUGACAGGAUUGAUAGAGAGGAAAUAUGUGGGGAAAGUAUAUCCUGCACCAUCAGUUUUGAAGUGAUGGCUGAAAAUCCUUUGAAUAUUUUUCACAUUAUUGUAGAGGUCCAGGAUGUGAAUGACAAUGCACCACAUUUUCUGCAAGGCGAUAUCAAACUGGAGAUCAUUGAAUCAACUUUGCCAGGAGCCACAUUUCACCUUGAGCAAGCUGAGGAUCCUGAUAUUGGAAUGAAUACAUUACAGAAUUACAGCCUUAGUACAAAUCAAUACUUUGUUUUGGAUGUGACAGAGAGACAAUCUGGGGAAAAAUAUGUAAAAUUAGUGCUGAAGAAACAAUUGGAUCAUGAAACUGAAAGCAGUUUCCAUUUAACUCUUAUGGCUCUGGAUGGAGGGAAGCCACCAAAAACGGGGACAGCUAAAAUAUGGAUUACAGUCAUUGAUGCCAAUGACAACUCACCAGUUUUCUCUCAAGAGCUGUACAUGGUGAACCUAAAAGAGAAUAUGCCACGUGGGUCUCUAGUGGUACAGGUGAAAGCCACAGACAGAGAUGCUGGUUCAAAUGGCCAGAUCAGUUACAGCUUUAAAAACAUUCCUGAACGUGCAUUCCAAAAAUUCAGUUUGGAUUCAAAAGAUGGGAAAAUAACAAUUAAGGAACCUCUGGACUUUGAAGAAGCAGACAAAUAUUCGUUAGCCAUAGAAGCAAGAGAUGGUGGUGGAUUGGUAGCUCACUCUAAUGUCAAAAUAAAAGUAUUAGAUGAGAAUGACAAUGCCCCAGAAGUUAUCCUUGCCUCCUUGUCCAGCCCAAUAGCUGAAGAUUCUGCGCUUGGAACUCUGGUAGCACUCAUCAAUACAAAGGAUAGAGAUUCUGGGGAUAAUGGAGAAAUUACUUGCAAUUUAAAGGAUUUUCUGCCAUUCAAAGUAGUAUCAACAUCCAGUAAUCUCUAUAAGAUUCUUACAGAUGGUCCCUUGGACAGAGAAAACACCCCGGAGUACAAUAUCACAAUCACAGCAACAGACAAAGGGACACCCCCUCUUUCAACAGAGAAGAUAAUUUCCCUGAAGAUUUCAGAUAUUAAUGACAAUUCCCCUGCCUUUCAGAAAUCCUCUUACACCAUCUUUGUGCCAGAGAAUAAUCCUUCAGGUUCCUCCAUUUUCCGGGUCCAAGCCUCAGAUCCAGAUCUGGAACGCAAUGGUCAAAUCGCUUACUCCCUCCUCACAAGCAAUAUUCAGGAACUGCCUCUCUCGUCUUACCUCUCCAUCAACUCUGAAAGUGGCAUCAUCUAUGCCCAGCGCUCCUUUGACUAUGAACAGUGCCAGGAGUUUCAGGUACAAGUGAGGGCCCAAGAUGGAGGGUCCCCAUCCCUUAGCAGCACUGCCACGGUGAAGGUCUUCAUCCUGGACCAGAAUGACAAGAGCCCUCAAAUCCUUUAUCCUUCUCAGGGAGUGGAGGGCUCAGCCUUGUUUGAGAUGGUGCCUCGCUCAGCUGAGGAGGGUUAUCUGGUGACUAAAGUGGUGGCGGUGGAUGCAGACUCUGGGCACAAUGCUUGGCUUUCCUACCAUCUGGUCCAGGCCACUGAACCAGGACUCUUCACAAUUGGGGCUCAUAAUGGUGAGAUCAGGACCUCCCGGACAUUCUUGGAAAGAGAUGCUUUAAAGCAGAGGUUGGUGAUCUUAGUGAAGGAUAAUGGCCAGCCACCACUAUCUAGUACUGUGAGUCUUAAUCUGGUCUUUGCUGAGACCUUCCAAGAGGCCCUUCCAGAAAUUAACAGCCAACCCAGGGACCCAGAGUAUCAGUCAGACCUCCAGUUCUAUUUGGUCCUUGCCUUGGCUUUGAUUUCUUUCUUAUUCCUCCUGACAGCAAUUUUGGCCAUUCUGACAAAGGUUCGAAAAUCAGGGAGUCCCAAAUUCUUACCGUGUUUUGGUCCUAUUCCCCAUUCAAACAAUGCUGUCAUAUUUCCACCAAACUAUGAAGAGGGAACUUUGCCUUACUCCUAUCAACUGUGUUUAUCUUCUGAGUCCAGGAUACAAGAAUUUACUUUUCCAGCACCAAGUGUUCAAGCUGCAGGGAAUUUUUCAUGUGAUCAAAAUUCUGACAUGCUAUUGACAACCAAUCAAGAAAGCAUUUUAAAGACAGAGAUGAGUAAUGAUGAUGGGGUGAGUUUUUUUUCUUAUAUCAGCCUAUUUUGCAGAACAUUAAGACUGAGUUUUCUACAUUAA